GGCGCCCUGGCGCGCCUGCAGGAUUUUAAGCUCGAGUUUGGCCAUCAUCAAGGCAGGACAAGUUCUGUCUGGCAUGGAGGUACAGCUACCAUUGUUCAGAGCCCUGGAGACGAAGUGUGGGGAAUAGUGUGGAAAAUGAACGCUAGCAAUUUAAGUUCGCUGGAUAAGCAAGAGGGAGUUGAAGAUGGCAUUUAUGUCCCAAUAGAAGUUAAUGUCCACACUCAAGAAGGAAAGGUACUGACCUGUCGAAGCUAUCAGAUGAAGGACUAUGUCUGUGGUCCCCCUUCUCCUCAGUAUAAAAAGGUUAUCUGCAUGGGUGCAAAACAGAAUGGCUUGCCAACUGACUACCAGAAGGAAUUAGAAGCUAUUGAAACUAAUAACUAUGCAGGCCCAGUGCCAAUCAUGGAAGAGAUUGAAGCUGCUAUUAAAGCAAAUAAAAUAAAUUCUGCGUAGAAUACCUCUGCACUUCACCUUGAUACCUCUCCUCACUCUGCUGAUCAGCAAUUUCUUUAUUUAUGAAGAAAAGAUGAGUUUGCUGUGCACCUACAGUAAGCCAUUAGACAUAAUUUGCAGUCUGAAGACACAC